UGACUGUCGAAAAUAACGCCCUCUGUUCUAUUUAUAAUUUUCUACGUGACAAGUCAAGUAACAUUUCUAUUUUCUAUCGACGUCUUCAUAUAUUUAAGUUUUUUAAUCCUAAAUAAUAGAGAUCCAUUUGACAUCGUUUGGUGGUCGCUCACCUAUUAUCAUAACGUCAAAAUUAAUUAGUCGGUGAAAAAAUAUGGAUAAUCCAUCAGGAAGUCAAAACGCGAUGCCAGGUAAAAAGACGGUGCUCGAACAAACGCAGGACCAGGUCAACGAGGUGGUUGGUAUAAUGAGAGUGAAUGUAGAGAAGGUCCUAGAACGUGAUCAAAAACUGUCUGAAUUGGACAGUCGAGCUGAUGCCCUCCAGGAGGGUGGAAAGAGAUUUGAACAGCAAGCUCAGAGGCUACACAAGAAAUAUUGGUGGAAAAAUAUGAAGAUGAUGAUUAUACUUGGUGUAAUUGGAGUUGCCAUUCUUAUCAUUAUUAUUGUGUCCCUCACUGGUAAAAGUGAUGAUUCGCCUAAAACUGAGAAACCAAGUGAGAAACAAUAGGGGCAGGUGGAUUAAUUUCUUUUAUUGUACAUUUUGCACAUUUCCGUUCUUUUACUAAUGGUAUUUCUUUGGGAAUUCUUCUUACAAGCCGGUGUGCCUUCUUGUAACAGUUUAUUCUGUGAUACAGCAAAUUGAACGGAAAAUUACAAUAUUGGCUUCCAUUAAAAUGUAAGCUAAUGUCUAUAAUUACAUUAAAUGUUAAGUGCCUUAAUGAAAUAAUGCCAAACAUUUUCUAUAUCUAUUUCUAUGUAUGUUAAUAAUGUAUAAAAUAAAAAGUAUUUUUAAUUUCCUUAUGUUGGUGAGUGAAUGGUAUAAAGAUUAGGUACAUUAAUAUCACUUGUUAACUAUACUGUAAUUAAUGAUUAGAUUACGUUGUAGUGCAAUACAAAUCAAUUUUUGUUUCCUGUUUCUAUCAAAGAGGUGUCUCCUAAUAUAAUCAAAGUAGCGUAAUUUUGGUCACUUCUACCAGCUUUUCAAGUUAUAAUCUUUCAGAAAUAUUCAUUUUUUUUUGAUUUUUAAACAAAUAUUUUGCAACCCCAAAUGAUUGAAUUAUACCAUUGAAUAACUUUGACUCAACGAUAUUAUACUUACUUAACUAUUUCAUUUACAUCUAUUUAAAAUUAUUUGUAAGUUAUCUUUCUGUUAUUAUAGUUUAUCCUCUCUUUCUUUUUAUAUUGCACUAAAAUUAAGUUACCUAGUGUAAUUUAUCUGUACUUGCUGGUGGAGUGGAAGAACAGCUUUGGCUGAAUUCCUACCAUUUGUGUUUUUCACAAUAAACAUUAUUAUUAUUA